CGCGCCGGCUCUGGCUGGAGUGGCGGCGGCAGCGGCGGCGGCGGCGGCGGCAGCAGCGGCGGCUGUUCCUCCAAAGGCGCCGCGCGCUCCGGGACACACGUGGGCGGCCGGGAGAUGGCGCGCGGCUCGCGACGUGGCGCGCAGAUCCCGGGACGCGGGAUGGAGGGGCUCGAGUGAGCCGGGGCGGCCGCGCCGCGGGGCGAUGGCCGUGCCACCGCUGCUCCGCGGGGCGCUGCUGCUGUGGCAGCUGCUGGCGACGGGCGGCGAGGCGCUGGAGAUCGGCCGCUUCGAUCCGGAGCGCGGCCGGGGUCCUGCACCGUGCCAAGCGGUGGAGAUCCCCAUGUGCCGGGGCAUCGGCUACAACUUGACCCGCAUGCCCAACCUACUGGGCCACACGUCGCAGGGCGAGGCGGCUGCGCAGCUGGCCGAGUUCGCGCCUCUCGUGCAGUACGGCUGCCACAGCCACCUGCGCUUCUUCCUCUGCUCGCUCUACGCCCCCAUGUGCACCGACCAGGUCUCCACUCCCAUCCCCGCCUGCCGGCCCAUGUGCGAGCAGGCUCGCCUGCGCUGCGCCCCCAUCAUGGAGCAGUUCAAUUUCGGCUGGCCAGACUCGCUCGACUGCGCCCGGCUCCCCACGCGCAACGACCCGCACGCGCUCUGCAUGGAGGCCCCCGAAAACGCUACGGCAGGCCCCACCGAGCCCCACAAGGGCCUGGGCAUGUUGCCUGUGGCACCUCGGCCCGCGAGACCACCGGGAGAUUCGGCCCCAGGUCCCGGCAGCGGUGUCACCUGUGACAACCCCGAGAAGUUCCAGUACGUGGAGAAGAGUCGCUCGUGCGCUCCGCGCUGCGGGCCCGGCGUCGAGGUGUUCUGGUCUCGGCGCGACAAGGACUUCGCGCUCGUCUGGAUGGCUGUGUGGUCCGCCUUGUGUUUCUUCUCCACAGCCUUCACCGUCUUCACCUUUCUGCUGGAGCCUCACCGAUUCCAGUACCCCGAGCGCCCCAUUAUCUUCCUUUCCAUGUGCUACAACGUCUACUCCUUGGCUUUCCUGAUCCGAGCGGUGGCAGGUGCACAGAGUGUGGCCUGCGACCAGGAGGCAGGGGCUCUGUAUGUGAUCCAGGAGGGUCUGGAAAACACAGGCUGCACCCUGGUCUUCCUAUUGCUCUAUUACUUCGGGAUGGCCAGCUCACUUUGGUGGGUGGUUUUGACACUCACCUGGUUCCUGGCUGCAGGCAAAAAAUGGGGCCAUGAGGCCAUCGAGGCCCAUGGCAGCUACUUCCACAUGGCAGCUUGGGGCCUGCCAGCUCUCAAGACCAUCGUGGUCCUGACGCUGCGCAAGGUGGCUGGGGAUGAGCUGACCGGGCUCUGCUAUGUAGCCAGCAUGGACCCGGCCGCCCUCACUGGCUUUGUGUUGGUGCCCCUCUCUUGCUAUCUGGUACUUGGCACCAGUUUCCUCUUGACCGGUUUUGUGGCUCUCUUCCAUAUCCGCAAAAUCAUGAAGACCGGUGGCACCAACACGGAGAAGCUGGAGAAGUUGAUGGUCAAGAUCGGAGUGUUCUCUAUCCUUUACACAGUGCCGGCCACCUGCGUCAUUGUCUGCUAUGUCUACGAGCGUCUCAACAUGGACUACUGGCGUCUUCGGGCCACUGAGCAACCGUGUACUGCUGCCCCUGUGCCCGGAGGCCGAAGAGACUGCUCACUGCCAGGGGGCUCGGUGCCCACGGUGGCUGUCUUCAUGCUCAAAAUCUUCAUGUCCUUGGUGGUGGGCAUCACCAGCGGAGUCUGGGUAUGGAGUUCCAAGACUUUCCAGACAUGGCAGAGCCUGUGCUACCGAAAAAUGGCAGCUGGCCGAGCCCGGGCCAAGGCCUGCAGGGCCCCCGGGGGCUAUGGCCGUGGUACCCACUGCCACUACAAGGCCCCCACGGUGGUCUUGCACAUGACUAAGACAGAUCCCUCUCUGGAGAACCCCACACACCUCUAGGGACAUAGGCUUGGCUAUAUCCCUAUAUCCCUCCCCUCCCCCUUGCAGAGACAGCUGAGUAACAGCUGCCCAGCUGUCAAGGUCAGGCGGGUGAGACACACAGGGGGCUAAGGACUAGGGUGGGGACCCAGUGAGGCUCAAAGCCUUGUUCUUCUCACAGGGAGGGGACCGUGUUGAGGCCCCCCGAGGGUCCUAGGUUAAGAAGGGGCCCAAGAGGGCAGGGUCCAGUGUGUUUAUUUAAUGAUGUAAUUUAUUGUGGCAUUUCUCUGGAAGCUGUGACUGGAAUAAACCCUCGUGUGGCA